GCCGAGCUCGUGCACAUGGCCGGUGGCAGGAGGUCCACCAGGUUUACAUCGAGGACACCGACUGCUUUGGCGUGGUCUUCUAUGCCAACUAUUUUCGCUUCUUCGGGCGCCUCUUGGCGCGGGCCUUCGCGGAGGGCGGGCAGGGCGAGCCUGUGCUGCUCGGGGUGGAGGCCGGGCGCUUCGCCAGGGCCGCCCGCCUGGGCGACUCGCUGGAGGUGGAGCUGGAGGAGCUGCCAGACGACCCAGCCAGGCCGGGCCACCGGAGAUUCAGGGCCUCCUCCAGCAUUCCCGCGGGCACCUGCGUGUCGGCCGAGCUGCUCGCAGCCGCGGCACCAGUGGCGUUGGCGGCGGGCCGCCUCGGUGCGUGGCUGGCUGCGGAGCCGAAAGCAGAUCGGGGCCCACCAACCCUGAUCUCCGCGUUCGAGGACCGCACGCUGCCAUUGGCGUCGGCGCUGCCAAGGCCAGACGUGCUGCGCUGGUUCGAGCGGAGCCGCACCGACUCGCUGGGAGGGCCCGCCCAGCUCGAGUCCCUGCAGUCCGAGGUCGGGAUGCUGGUCGUGGUGGCCCGCCUCGAGGGCUUCGAGCUCCACGCCCAGGCGAUGGUGGCCGCCGCGUCGGCCGUGGACCCGCCGGAGAGGAGCGCCCUCUACGAGGUUCGCAGCAGUGUCCAGCUGGUCAGCCGAAGGACCCGCAUCGUCUUCGACCAGCGCCUCUACGCCGCCCGGAGCAGCGCCGCCCUCGCCGACCGCUGCCUGGCCCGGGCCCAAGUCACCUGCCUGUGCGUGGACGCCGCGUCGCUGAAGAUCGCGCGCUGCCCGGAGGCCCUGGCCGCGAGGUUGCUGGCGUGGGCCUCCGGGGACGCUGCCGCACCGUGA